AUGGGCCGCCGCGGCCUCCCGGCAGCAGCAGGAACAGCAGCAGCAGAGGACGAGGCGAAGCAGCAAAAUGAAAAGCUGAGGAGCCAAACAGCUGCUGCUGUUGCGGCAGCUCUUGCUGCCUGCAGGCCAGCAGCAGCAGACGCAAACGACAAUGAACAAACGAGAACUUCUUCCCCCUCCAGCGUCCCCUGCCUGUCGUUUCCUUCUGCGCAGAAGCAGCAGCAGCAAGAAGCCAAAGCCGUGGCAGCAAAGGCAGCAGCAGCAGCAGCAGCAGCAGCAGCAAAGCCGGCAGCAGCAGCGGCAGCAGCGGCUCGCGGCGUUUCUCCCGCCCGCUUCCUGUGGGGCCUCCUGAAGCGGGGUGUCUUGGCAGCUUCCCUCGCGUUUGCAUUUUUUCUUUUUAUUUCUUUUCCAUUUUUUCCUUUUUUGGAUUUGCUGAUCGCAGUUGACCCGUCUCCGCUGCGCAACUUCUCCGUCGCUUGCCUCUACCCGAUUCCUGCUCCUGGAUCGGGCGCCUCGAGCGAGCUGAUCUCGGCGAAAGCAGCAGCAGCAGCAGCAGCAGCAGCAGCAGCAGCAGCAGCGCCUGCGGACGCCUCCCCCUGCGCGCAGCUGCUGCACGCGCUCCGCAGCUGGGGCUCUCAGCCGCCCUUUUCCACUUUCGUCGUUCUCGCCCAGUCCAGUGCCCUGUGCGCUCUGGAGGGAAUUCGAAAGCUCGGGGGGGCCCCCCUGGUACCCUCCGAAGCUGCUGCACGGAAAGCCGUGCAAAGUUGGGGCCCCAUCCUCGCCACAGUGCUGCUGCUGCCGCGUUUGUCGCACUCGCCGGUGCAGCUGCCGUGCGAGUCUUGGGUGUACGUACACUCCACGCCGAACACCCUCGACAUGGUCAGCGACGCGAUCCGCACGGAAAGCGCCGGAAUUAAGCGCGAUUACGCGGAUGUUCCGACUCUAAAUCAAAAAACAAUUCCAAUUAAUCCAAACUUCGACGAAAAUGCUCCACUUUUCCCCCUCCAGACCUUCGACUUCGUCGUGGUCGGCGGCGGAAGCGCCGGCUCCACCGUCGCCGGACUCCUCAGCAAGUUCGGGCUCGACGAAGCGGAAGAAAAGGAAGACACUUCUUCUCAAAACGAAAAGCUUGGCGAAAUAAACAACUCCAGUUCAAACUCGAACGCAGCAAACAGCCCCGCCGGCGAGCCCGGCAGCCAACACCCCAGCCACCAGCAGCAGCAGCAGCAGCAGCAGCAAGGCAGCCAAAACAAAGCCAAAAGACGCAAAAGAAAACCAAAUAUACUCCUCAUAGAGGCGGGGGGGUGGCCAGACUUGCGCUCCUUCUCUCCCGUGAGAAUUCCCGCAAGGACAUUUGAAGGCCAGACCAGCGAUAUGGACUGGAAGGUGAAAACCGAGAAGCAGCAGUUCGCCUGCCAGGGCCUGCGCGGCGGCCGCUCCAAGUGGCCCCGCGGCAAAGCCCUGGGGGGCAGCAGCUUGCUGAAUUAUUUGCUGUUUGUGAGAGGAGCAGCAGCAGACUACAGCAGCUUUGCGCGCUGCAGCGGCAGCAGCAGCUGGCUGCCGCAAAACGUCAACAGGAUCUUCAAAAACAUCGAAACCGUCAACUUCCCCGCAGACAAAGACAUCAGAGGCAGCAGCGGGCCAAUUCAAGUUAACAUUCAGCAAGCCCUGGACUUGCCUGUUUUGGCUUUCUUAAGAAGCGCAGAAGGCCUUGACAGGAGCCUCCGGGGCUCCCCGCUGCAGCAGCAGCAGCAGCAGCAGCAGCAGCAGCGGAGGCCGAGGCGGCGCGGGCCCCGCGCUAAGGCGCUGCGGACCUUUCCCGAGAGGCUGCGGCUGCGGCUGGAGGCGCAGCAGCAACAGCAGCAGCAGCAGCAGCAGCAACAGCAGGCAGCAGCAGAGGAGCAGCAGCAAUUUGAAAUAAACCAGGACUACAACGGCAGCAAAAUGACAGGUCCUUCUCUUUUUCAAUUUAACACAAAAGAAGGAAAACGCUGGGGACCUCUGGAGGCGUUUUUGCUGAAACGGCGGCUCGAUGAGGCGGGUCUUUGA